AUGGAGUCUGAGAAGCCCGAAUUUAGCCUUAUAAAGUCGCUGGGAUUCUCAAACAAAAUUACUGCCAAUGUACUUACAAAUGGAAGUAGAAAAACAAAGGUUUGCGAUUACCAGAUCGAAGGGUCGUGCAAGUCAUCCUGCACAAUAUUCAGUGCUUCAGGAGAGAUCAUUGCACAGGUUAAACGAAAGGAAGCCAAAUCAGAUGUAAUGCUGGGGAAUGAUAUUCUGAAUCUGGUUGUGGAAGCGGGAGUAGAUCAAGCCUUUGUAAUGGGGUUGCUUAUUAUCUUUAAUCAGAUAAGUUGA